AUGCCUUUACUGGACGAAAAGUACACCACGGAACCGGAGGAAGCUGUCUUAUUGGAGCCUUCCAAGAAUGGGCGGUGCUGGACUGAGCUCAAGAGUAUAGGGAUGCUCAAGUGGGGCAAAAGGAAGAAAGCUCAGAUCCUGAGAAACGAUGAGGUGGAAGAUAUGAAGCUAGAUCAGUCGUCACGUGAGGAGAUGACGGAGACACGGAAGCGAAAGCGAGCAGUUGCUAGCUGUGGUGAGAAGACGACGAAGAAGAAGAAAAAGACGAAGGACUUGAGUUAUAGAUGGUCGAAAGAGAGGUAUAAAAUGGCGGAGAUCAACAUGUUGAAGGUAUUGAAGGAGAAAGAAGCCGUGUUCGGGAAACCGAUAUUGAGGCCGGCGUUGAGAGCGGAGGCGAGGAAAUUGAUUGGCGAUACCGGUCUGUUGGAUCAUUUGCUGAAACACAUGGCCGGGAAGGUGGCGCCAGGGGGAAAAGAGAGGUUUCGCAGGAGGCAUAACGCCGACGGAGCAAUGGAGUACUAUUUGGAGAGCGUUGAUUUGGUUAAUAUUAGGAAAGCGGCCGGUGUUGACGAUCCUUAUUGGAUUCCGCCGCCGGGGUGGAGCAUCGGCGAUAAUCCAACUCAGGAUCCUGUUUGUGCUAUGGAGUUCAAGCGGCUCAAGAAAGCCAUGGCCAAAAUGGAAAGGGACAUGCAGGAGCUCUUGUUAAAGAAGCAAGACGAUGACAUGGCAGUUGUGAAUACUCCAAGUUCUUGUGUUACCAGUCAGAACUUCGAUCAUGAUAAUUUCUUGCUUCCAUUGAAGGAGAUGUAUGCGGAUUUGAUGAAUAAGAAAGCUAAAAUUGAAGAACAAAUGAUGGAAGUUUCACAUUCUCUAUGUGGAAUGGAGGUCCUCAUAGAGAAGCUGAAAUCAUCACUGGAGGAGCCAAAUAAAGUAGAACUGCAUGUGGGAUCAACAAUGCCAUCAUCAUCCUCAGGAAAUGAGAAGAAGACAAAAGAAGAGGAGCCGAAAAUGAAAGAACAAAUGGGAAAUGUGUCGAAUGAAAAACAAGAAAAUGACAAGACAGCUACAGUACCACCUGCAGAUACAGCAAAAAGGACAAAGCCAGAAGACAAAGCCGCAAAAAUAGAAAGGCUAAAGAGCGGCUUCAGGAUAUGCAGGCCCCAGGGGAGCUUUCUGUGGCCAGACAUGGCAAUGUCUCCCGAUCAGGCUAAAGAUGUGGUCCCUCUUGAAGAUCUCUUUAUGGUUCCAACACCUCCCUCAGUCUCCUCGUCCUCCAACUCACCACCACGCCUACUUCCAUCUCCCGGCCUGCCUAAUUUGGGAAACCAUUCAAUAUCCCUUGUCAAGCCACUGCCUGAGAGGCGCCCCAUUGCUGUCACUUUGACUAAUCAUCCUCUUCCUCCUGAAACCACCGCCACCCAGUUUGUGAAAAACACCACUACUACUGCGGAUGUUGCCAUUUCUAGCAGCACCAAAACCUCUCUUAUUAACCUCAAUGUCAUUCCCAACAACCAAAAUGAGACCACCACCACUGAUGCUUCAUGUUUGCAACAUGAAAAGCAAGAGAGUGGCAUGAGGCAAAAUCUGGAAGGUGAAGGAAAGGAAAUGCUAAUGGAGUAUGAGCAGAAGAGAAGGGGAUUCUCCUCAGCUUCAUCUUCUUGUUUGUCCAAGCCACUUGGGACUUGGGAAGAGAAUGAUAAUUUGUCUAGUACCUACAGUCAACAUGCUUUGCAAGAUGGAAGAAAAGAGAGGGAAAGAAGAGCAACCACUGGCGGCCAAGAAGAGGGCCACUGGGGGCAGCACAAAGAGCAGGAGAAGGAGCAGCAAUGGCUGCUAUAUUCUUGUCGGAAAAUGCAGAAUUCUUGUGUGCAUUUUUGGCUUGUUGCAUCUGCUGGAUAUAUUCAAUCCGGUGUUUGGAAGAAACUGGAAAUUCUUGAAGAAGGUGAGAAUUCUUUGAAGGAUAAGCGGUCAUGGCCUAUCUUGUUUGGAAUAGCAUUAAACCAAUGA